AUGGAGAACAGGAUGGAGAAUAUGGAAAAAGAAAUGAAGUCAGUGAUGGAGGACAUGAGUUCAGUCAAGACUGACAUAGGUAGUCUCAAGGAUUUCCUAACCGAGAUGACAGAGUUGAUGAGAAUGAGAGAUGAGAGGGAUGAAAAACGUGACCGCGAGAAAGAGAAGUCCCAGUCAACCUCCGGGGAUCAAGACAGUGGUUAUGGUAGAGAACAAGACCGAGAAACAAACGGGAAAAGUGAGAAGGAGGAGAAGAAGGGCCGGAAACUUGAGCUCCCAAUUUUCAAUGGAGAAGACCCUUUUGGAUGGACAUUUCGAGCAGAUCAUUAUUUUGCAAUUAACAGAUAUGGGCCAUCGGAGAUGGUGGAAGCCGCGGCAAUAUGCAUGGAAGGCAAGGCAUUGAACUGGUACCAAUGGAUGGAGGGCCGAGACCCUUUCAAAUCGUGGGAAGAGCUCAAGGCAGCCUUAAUCGCAAGAUUCCGGCCGUCGUUCCAAGGAUCUGCACAUGAAGCGCUUGUGGCGCUGAAGCAAAACUCCACCGUGACGGAAUACAGAGAAGAUUUUGAAUCCCAUACGACACCGUUGAAGGAUUUGGGGGAAGAGUUGUUGAUGGGUGUCUUUAUUAACGGGCUCAAGGAAGAAAUUAGAGCUGAACUGAGAUUGCUAAGGCCCAAUUCCCUUCAGGAUGUGAUUGAGCAAGCCCACCGUGUGGAGGAGAAAAACUGGGUCAUGGAUAGAUGCCGGCCCAAGCCUUUCAAAACCCAGGGAACCAAAGAGACAUGGGAGGACGACGAGGCCGAGAAGAGUGAACUCCCAUCGGAAAAUGACGAAAUACCCAACCCAGAAGGUAUUGACUUAGCUCUUUCUUUAAAUUCCAUUGUGGGUAUCACGUCCGACAAAACCUUGAAGGUAAAAGGGCAAAUUUGGGAUGCCGAUGUGGUGGUGUUGGUGGACAGUGGGGCGUCACAUAAUUUUAUUUCGCAUGAGUUGGUCGAGAGGCUGGGUAUUGUGGUGGAAAAGGGUAAGCUCUUUUGGGUAAUGGUGGGAAAUGGUGUCACGGUGAAGGGGGAAGGGGUGUGUCGGCAGGUUUCUCUGGAUGUACAGGGGAUUCAGAUUAGACAGGAUUUUUUCCCUUUUGAGUUGGGAGGAGCUGACAUUGUUUUAGGUGUUACAUGGCUAAGUUCCUUAGGGGAUGUGUGCGUCAACUGGAAGAAAUUAACCAUGAGGUUUCAAGUAGAGGGGAACAGAGUUAGUUUACAAAGGGAUCCAUCUCUGGUGAAGUCCAAGGUCUCCCUGAAAUCCAUGAUGCGGUCCAUUAACAACACUGGGGAAGGGUUCCUGGUGGAGUGCUUUUCAAUUGAGGAGGGAUUACUGUCCAAGGGGGAGAAUGUCAGUCCUGGUGUUCAGGCAGUUUUGGAUCAGUACAGACACCUUUUCGACCAACCAACCAAACUCCCUCCACACCGCACCCACGACCAUACCAUACCCCUCAAAGAAGGUGUGCUAGCCCCUAACAUCAAACCCUAUAGGUAUCCAUAUUUCCAAAAGAAUGAAAUUGAAAAAUUGGCGGAAGAGAUGUUAACAGCCAAUAUUAUCCAGCCUAGUACCAGUCCAUUCGCCAGCCCGGUGUUAUUAGUCAAGAAAAAGGAUGGUAGUUGGAGGUUUUGCGUUGACUACCGGGCCCUCAACGAAAUAACAAUUCUCGACAAGUUUCCAAUUCCCACCAUCGAGGAGUUGCUGGACGAAUUGGUAGGGGCAACCAUCUUCUCUAAGCUGGAUCUUCGGUCGGGAUACCACCAAAUUAGAAUUAAAGACAAAGAUAUUCCCGAAACAGCGUUUCGAAUACAUGAGAGUCACUAUGAGUUUCUGGUUAUGCCGUUCGGUUUGACCAACGCACCUUUUACGUUUCAGGCACUAAUGAACAGCAUCUUUAAGCUGGUCUUGCAUAAGUUUGUGCUGGUGUUUUUUGAAGAUAUUCUGAUAUACAGCCCGGACUUAGAAUCCCACAUCACACACCUACGACAAACUCUUAGGAUCCUGGACGAGAAUGAACUGGUAAUGAAUGAAAAACUUAGUCCCAGAUUUUAUGGACCCUUCCAAGUCUUGGAGAAAAUUGGUCAGGUGGCCUACAAGAUGGAACUACCCACGACAGCCCGUAUUCACCCAGUUCAGCCGGCUGAAUUGUUGGAUGUGGGCACCCUUAUGGAUGGAUCCACUGAGGUUCUCAUCCGUUGGCAGGAUCUGCCUGCUUUUGAUGCUACCUGGGAAUCUCAGGAUGGGGGUUCCAUCAGAUGA